AUGUCGCUCGCUCAUCUCUUCUGCUCAUCAGGUCCCUUCCAAAGGGCAUUCUUUAUCCUCUCAGACGCCCAUGAUCCAGUGCCAGACUCACAGCCACUUCCGGAAGAUACACCCAACUUCCAACCCCAAGGCCUUCGGUUUGCACCGCUCUCCCACCCCAUCAGCUUAGUCUAUUCUGCUGGCAGCUCAGCAGCUGUAUGGCGCGCUGGAGACACCUUUAUCAAGGUCCGUUUUAUCGGCAGCGACCGGGCAAAUAUUACGAGAGAGCACACCACUCUGGAGUUUAUUCAUGCCAAGAAAGACCAACAACCCCUAGGCUUCGAUAUCCCCAAUGUCCUUUACCAGGCUGAGUGGGAUAACCGGUACUAUAUCGUCCUCGGCCGUGUGCCCGGCCAGACUCUCGCCGAGGCAUGGCCUACCAUGGAUGAGACCCUGCGGCAGUAUUGCAUCGGCCGUGUCGCCGAGAUCUGCAAGGAGAUGGCUGAAUGGAAGGGGGACGCUAUUUCCGGCGUUGACGGGAGGGAGUUAGCGGACGCUAUUCUAGCGAGAAAUGACACCCCAGAGUCUUUCGCCCCGCAGCGUCUGCUCGAACACUGCGCCAGGAUGGGCAUGAAUACCUCGUCCAAGCUUGUUUUCUAUCACAGCGAUCUGGGCCCAACAAACAUACUUGUCGAUCCCGCUACACGCGCCUUGGGUAUUAUCGACUGGGAAACCGCUGGCUAUGUCCCGAGAGAAUGGAUAAGAACCAAGUUUCACUUGUCGUCUGGAAUGGACUUUCCCAGUGGGGAGGAGAGCUGGAAGUCGGACUGGCGUCGCUUGGUUGCCCGCAAGUUGGCCGAGCUGGGAUUCAAAGAAGUUAUCGACGGUUGGGUGGAGUCUGGUCCAAUGGCGUGAUUCACGGGUAGAGACUCCUAGAGAGCGCGCUGGUGCCGCCGACUACCUCGCUAUUCACCAGCAGCGAGGUCUGCCUGCGCAUUUGACCGCUGCACCACGGCUAUAGGCUAAGCCCUAUUACAGUCUCCCUAGCCGCGCGCUAUGGUAUUUGUUAAUUGAUGAUGCUCCACUGUUAGUGCCAUUAUUGGCGCCAACUUUCUACGUACCGCACACGAUUAUCUGAUAACUUC